CCUUGAAUUUUACCAGUUGACUUCUUUCAUAAUUUGGAUUUCCAGUUCAAACUGCCUCAAACAACAACAUAAAUUGUUUUUGACGGAACUUUUGAAGUGAAAACAAAUAUGAGGAGCGCACGACAUAGGUUGCAUACAAUUUGUAGUCAUGUAAAAUGGUCAAAAGAACACGGACGUGUAAACCUUGUCCAAACAAGGUCAAAAGUUUUGUCAACUGACAACAUUAACCCGUUUGUCAAAAACAUGGAAUAUGCAGUUAGAGGUCCAAUCGUCAUUCGUGCUGCAGAAAUAGAGCAAGAAUUAAAAGCUGGUAAGAGUAAACCAUUUACUGAUGUUAUUAGGGCCAAUAUUGGGGAUUGUCAUGCAACUGGACAAAAGCCCCUGACCUUUCUGAGACAGGUUGUUGCUAUAUGUUCCGAUCCAGAUAGAUUAAUGGAUGAUCCAAAAUAUCCAGCAGAUGCCAAAAGUAGAGCAAAACGAAUAUUAUCAGGCUGUGGUGGCCAAAGUAUAGGUGCCUAUAGUGACAGUUCAGGUGUGAGGGUUAUAAGAGAAGACAUAGCAUCUUAUAUAACAAACAGAGAUGGUCAUCCUUGUAAUCCUGAUAAUAUAUUCCUUUGUACAGGGGCAAGUGAUGGUAUCAAGACCAUCAUGAAACUAUGUAUGACUGGUGAAGGAGGAAACAAUAGGGCAGGAGUAAUGAUACCAAUACCACAGUACCCCCUCUACACAGCCACUAUAGCCGAGUAUAAUGCUUGUCCUAUCAAUUAUUAUUUAAAUGAAGAUAACAAUUGGUCAUUAGACAUACCUGAAUUAAAACGAUCCAUACAAGAAGCCAGAUCUCACUGUAUACCUAGAGUUCUAUGUGUAAUUAACCCAGGAAAUCCUACAGGCCAGGUGUUAUCUAGAGAAAACAUAGAAAACGUCAUUCGAUUUGCCAAGGAAGAAAAUCUAGUCUUGAUGGCUGAUGAGGUUUAUCAACACAAUGUAUAUGCCAAAGGGUCAGCCUUCCAUUCCUUUAAAAAAGUAUUGACAGAGAUGGGACCAGAAUUCCAGGACAUUGAACUGGCCUCAUUUAUGUCGACAUCAAAAGGAUAUAUGGGGGAGUGUGGUUUCCGAGGAGGAUAUUGUGAAGCAAUCAACCUCGACCCAGAUGUCAGAGUUCAGCUGCUGAAAUCCAUUUCUGCUAAACUAUGUUCAUCUGUUUCUGGACAGGCUGCUAUGGAUGUGGUAGUCAAUCCUCCAACAUCUAGUGAACCAUCAUAUCAACUUUUUGUAAAAGAAAAAGAACAAGUAUUAGGAGAUCUAAAGGAAAAGGCCAAAAUGGUGACGGAGACAUUUAAUUCAAUGGACAGAAUGUCCUGUAAUGUUGUACAAGGUGCUAUGUAUGCCUUUCCACAAAUUAAUAUGCCUCCAGCUGCUUUAGAAGAAGCCAAGAAACGAGGUGUACCAGCUGAUGUGAUGUAUUGUUUUGAAUUGUUAGAGAAGACAGGUAUAUGUGUUGUCCCUGGAUCAGGAUUUGGUCAGAGACCUGGGACAUACCAUUUUAGGACCACUAUCUUACCUCCUGUAGAAAAGUUAAAAGAAAUGUUGGAAAGAUUUAGGAUUUUCCAUGAACAGUUCUUGUCUACAUACAAGUGAACACCAAUAAAAGUGAACCAGGUACCAGGUCAUUGAAGAAACAGAUUCAUAAUAUAAUUGCAUUGUUAAAUCACUAUUUUGAUUAGUACAGAUUCUGCACAUGCAUUAAUAGCAUAAUAGAACAUUACAUGUUUGUACUUUGUAAAUAUUUGGAACAUCAGACAAAAGCAACCAAUUAUACCUUACUGCUUUACAUUUUGAUAUGCUUUUAUUGUCAAGCAAAAUUUAUUUAUAAUUUGCAUUUUUUGUGAUGUGAAAUACAGAUUGUAAAAGUCUUUAUAAAAGCACUUGACAGGACAGGAGCCUUUACAUCAGAGAAGUGCUGCUUUAAUUUUCAACAUCAGAGAUCUAUGAUGACUCUAAAAAAAACAUUAGAUUUAUACGAUGUCUUGAAUUACAGGUGUCAAGAAACGUAAUUUUUUUAUUUGAAACUUCAGACGUUUCUUGACACCACCAUAACUUUAGAAAACGGAGUCAUGACAACCGACCUUCACACCAAAAAAAAAAACUGACAAACACCAAUUUAGCUUCACAGAGGUUAAAACAAUGUUAAGUUAACCAUGAUGUUAAGAUACAUAGCUAGCAAUGUUAUUCUUUUGAAUGUGAAAUAUUUUUUUAUACUGUCUUAUUAAUAUCAAGUUUUAAAUUCAUUUUGGGAGAUUUAAUUACCUCAAUAGAAGCUGAGAGGUCAACCUUCAGUGUAUUUAUUUGUUUCAAAGAAAAGAUAACUUUAUUACAAAACGUAAUCUUAGAAGCAAAUUUUUCAUGUUAUCAUGAACUGGGGCUACUACAUUGAUCUAUUAGUUCCAGUCAUGAUAAGUGCUCCAAUU